AUGGGACGUCUGGAGUUCAUUCUAAUCUUAACAUGUAUAGCAGGUUGCUAUACCAUAGAUGCCAAUGUAAAUAGAAAUGAUGUGACUCACAGAGAUGCUGUGUUGGCCUCGUGUGAUUUCAACAAAAACGAAGAGCCUUUCUGCGACUUCAGACAAGACAUUGCAGAUCAAAGUGAUUGGACACGUCAUACAGGAUCCACCCCAACAACAGGCACUGGCCCAAGUGGAGACUAUCCAGAUGGCUCUGGCUUUUACAUAUAUCAUGAGGCUGACAAUGUUGUGAAUGGACAGAAAGCACGCCUACUCAGCCCAACUAUUAGCAACGGGCCAGCUGAGAUUUGUGUACAGUUCUACUACUAUAUGUAUGGCUCUGACAGCAAGAAUACACUGACUGUGUUGGCCAAACAUACCGGCUCUGAGGACAAACUGUGGCAGAAAAUUGGAUUCCAAAGCCCAUCAUGGCUUGGGGCUUCAGUCACAGUGCCCAUACCAGCUGGACAGACCAUUCAGAUUGUGUUUGAAGCAAUGCGGGGUAUAUCUUCGUCAUGUGAUACUGCCCUGGAUAACAUUGUCAUCACUGAAGGAGCCUGUCCUGGGUGUGUAGCUGGGUGUGAUUUUGAUGACUUUAACUUAUGUGGCUGGACGAAUGUAUUACCUGAUAAUCAGGAAAUCGUUGGCUGGGAGUUGUGGAAUGGGAAGACAGAAACCCCUGGCACUGGCCCUGAAGAUGACUUCUCCAAACCAGGAUUUGGGUCGUACCUUUUAAUGGACUCCUUUUCUAGAGUGGAAGGAGCAUCAGCUCAGCUCUGGAGCCCCUCAGCUGCCUCCUCUGGCUGCCUACAGCUGGACUUCCAUUACUACAUGUAUGGCAGCUCCUCCAAAAUGGAGCUUAAGGUCCAUGCAGCCACAGCUGGUGGGGCACUUGGAGCCCCUAUUUUCAGUCUCACAGGGAAUCAAGGUCAGGACUGGAAACCAGCAGUGGUUCGAUACACUGGUACUGCUGAUGUGCAGUUUGUAAUUGUUGGUGUUUAUGGUGAAACAGAGGAGACAGAUAUUGCCAUUGAUAGUGUCUGCAUAGCCAUUUGUAAAGCCAAACCCACAACACCUAAACCAUCAACACCACAACCAACUACACCUAAACCAACAACAGCACAACCCACUACACCUAAACCAACAACAGCAAGUCCAUCAACACCUAAACCAACAACAGAAAGUCCAUCAACACCUAAACCAACAACACCAAAACCCACAACACCAAAACCAACUACUGCGAGUCCAUCAACACCUAAACCAUCUACACCCCAACCCACAACUCCUAAACCAACAACAGCUAGUCCAUCGACACCUAAACCAUCUACACCACAACCAACAACUCCUAAACCAACAACAGCUAGUCCAUCAACACCUAAACCAUCUACACCACAACCCACAACUCCUAAACCAACAACAGCUAGUCCAUCGACACCUAAACCAUCUACACCCCAACCCACAACUCCUAAACCAACAACAGCUAGUCCAUCGACACCUAAACCAUCUACACCACAACCAACAACUCCUAAACCAACAACAGCUAGUCCAUCAACACCUAAACCAUCUACACCACAACCCACAACUCCUAAACCAACAACAGCAAGUCCAUCCACACCUAAACCAUCAACACCCCAACCCACAACACCUAAACCAUCGACACCACAACCAACAACGCCUAAGCCAACUACUCCAAAUCCAACACCACCUGAGAAAUGCCCUCCUGAUUCUGAGUACAUCGAUUGUGGCCCAGCCUGUAUUCCUAGCUGCAAAGAACCCUCCACCAACUGCACUGGAUCUUGCAUCAGUGGCUGCUUCUGUAAACCAGGAUUUGUUUUCCGUGGCAAACGCUGUGUUCCUAUUGAGCAGUGUGGCUGUCUAGAUGAUGACAACAAUUACUUUGAGCCUGGAGAGAUUAUACUUGGAAAUGGAUGCUCUAAAUUGUGCCACUGUGCUGGCAACUACACUUUUGAAUGUGUAGACAACACCUGUGACCCUGUGACAGAAGAAUGUCUGGAUGUUGGUGGAGUGUAUGGCUGCUACCCUAAAGGGACCUCCACCUGUGUUUCCUCUGGUGACCCCCAUUACACCACCUUUGAUAACCAGCGCUAUGACUUCAUGGGAAAUUGCUCUUACCUGAUGUCUGAGCUUUGUAACAGCACAGGUGUGCCUUACUUCGCUGUAUACACUGACAAUGAGAAUCGCUACAACAAUCCUCGUAUCAGUUAUUUAAAAGCAGUGCAUGUCCAUGCACUGGGAGUGAAAGUUUCCAUUCUGAAAGAAGGGAUUGUGCAGGUGAAUGGUACCAAUGUGAACCUUCCUUUUAGUUCUGUCAGUGGUGUUGACAUUUUUAAGUCUGGCGUGCACUACACAGUGGCCUUGAUCUUUGGAGUAACUGUACGUUAUGAUGGAAACCAUUUCAUGGACAUUAAAGUUAUCAAGGACUAUGAGGACAAACUUUGUGGACUGUGUGGUGACUACAAUGGAGACCCCAAGGAUGACUUCCGUACCCCCACUGGUGAACUGGUCCAAAGGCCCAAUGACUUCGGCAACAGUUGGAACACAGACCCUGACUGUGAUAAAACAGUGGUAGACCCGAGCCCAGGGUGUACAGAUUCUGAGCAGGACUUGUAUGAAGGGCCUGCUUACUGUGGUAUCAUACUGGACCGCAAUGGUCCAUUUGCUGCUUGCCAUCCAAAAGUCAAUCCCAAUGGUUUCUUCCAAGACUGUUUGUUUGAUGUGUGUGAGCUGGAUGGUGCUCCGUCCGCAUUAUGUGAAGCAAUAGAGGCAUAUGUCCAUGAAUGUCAGGGCCGUGGUGUCACAAUUGGGCCCUGGAGAAACAGCACCUUCUGUCCUCUGAAAUGCACAGACAAUAGUCAUUUUGAGUCGUGCAUCCCAAUUUGCCAGCCUUCCUGUACCCCGACUCCACCAAAUCAGUGCAGUGGGCCUUGUUCUGAAGGGUGUCUUUGUGAUCCUGGAUAUGUCCUUAGUGGUGAUAAGUGUGUUAAAGAAAGUACAUGCGGCUGCAAUUAUAGUGGACAGUAUUACCAACCAGGUCAAGAGUUCUACACUAAGGACUGUGACCUACUGUGUAAGUGUAACCCCCCAUUAGUUAGCUGUAAUGCUGCUGAGUGCCCUCCGAAGGAACAAUGUGGAAUACAGGGUGGAGUAAUUGGGUGUUACCCAGAAGGCUCUCAAGACUGUAUUAUUUCUGGUGACCCUCAUUAUAACACCUUUGAUAGCAAAUUCUACAGCUUCAUGGGCACUUGCACCUACACUCUGGCACGCACCUGUAAAAACAACACUGGCCCCUGGUUCUCUGUGGAGGGUAAGAAUGAGGAGAGAGGAGUUUCUUCUGUAUCUUACCUCAGAAAACUGUAUGUGACAGUCAGUGGUGUUACAGUGACAAUGAUGAAAAGCAGGAGAACUUUGGUGAAUGGGCAAAGGGUGUCCCUUCCCCACAACCCAUCUCCACUCAUGUCUCUCUCCCUUGCUGGGCAGUAUGUUAUCCUCACUACUCCAUUCGGCUUGGAGGUGCAAUGGGAUGGCAAUCAUUAUGCCAAGAUCACUGUUCCCAGUUCCUACUAUGACCAAAUGUGUGGCCUGUGUGGGGACUACGAUGGAAACCCCAAUAAUGAUUUCACUAAGCCAGAUGGUUCCCAAGCCGAAACCUCAGAUCAGUUUGGCAACAGCUGGCAAACUGAUGAUGACGAGGACGAAACGUGCAAGCCUGACACUGGGCCUGGCCCACCCUGUGAUCCUGAUCUGGAGGACAUGGUGUCUAAUCUAGAGAACUGUGGGAAAAUAACCGAUAUAAAUGGAGCAUUUAGGGACUGUAUAAAUGUGGUGGACCCAAAUCCUUUCUUCCAGAGCUGUGUGUUUGACAUGUGCCGUUAUCAGGGGCUGCAGCAGGCACUUUGUGACCAGCUUCAGGCUUAUACCGAUGUUUGCCUGAGUGCAGGUGCACCUGUCUAUCAGUGGAGGGAGCCAGACUUCUGCCCUCUGGCAUGCCCACCUAAUAGCCAUUACUCUAUAUGUGUGAGCUCCUGUCCGGAGACAUGUCUGGGUAUCAGUGGAUCACCGGGCUGCAGUGAGAAGUGUAUAGAAGGCUGUGAGUGUGACCCAGGCUUCAUCCUCAGCGACAACAAAUGUGUGCCUGUUAAAGACUGUGGCUGUGUGGACUCUUCAGGCUCCUACCAUCCGGUAAAUGAGAGCUGGUAUCUCGAGGGCUGUAUGCAGAAGUGUACAUGUGGGGGUGGAGGAAUUAUCAAGUGUGAUAACACCAACUGUUUGCCUACUGAGAGCUGCCAACUUCAGGAUGGAGACUAUGGCUGCAAACCACUUGUGAAAUGCCCUCCUGAUUCUGAGUACAUCGAUUGUGGCCCAGCCUGUAUUCCUAGCUGCAAAGAACCCUCCACCAACUGCACUGGAUCUUGCAUCAGUGGCUGCUUCUGUAAACCAGGAUUUGUUUUCCGUGGCAAACGCUGUGUUCCUAUUGAGCAGUGUGGCUGUCUAGAUGAUGACAACAAUUACUUUGAGCCUGGAGAGAUUAUACUUGGAAAUGGAUGCUCUAAAUUGUGCCACUGUGCUGGCAACUACACUUUUGAAUGUGUAGACAACACCUGUGACCCUGUGACAGAAGAAUGUCUGGAUGUUGGUGGAGUGUAUGGCUGCUACCCUAAAGGGACCUCCACCUGUGUUUCCUCUGGUGACCCCCAUUACACCACCUUUGAUAACCAGCGCUAUGACUUCAUGGGAAAUUGCUCUUACCUGAUGUCUGAGCCUUGUAACAGCACAGGUGUGCCUUACUUAGCUGUAUACACUGACAAUGAGAAUCGCUACAACAAUCCUCGUAUCAGUUAUUUAAAAGCAGUGCAUGUCCAUGCACUGGGAGUGAAAGUUUCCAUUCUGAAAGAAGGGAUUGUGCAGGUGAAUGGUACCAAUGUGAACCUUCCUUUUAGUUCUGUCAGUGGUGUUGACAUUUUUAAGUCUGGCGUGCACUACACAGUGGCCUUGAUCUUUGGAGUAACUGUACGUUAUGAUGGAAACCAUUUCAUGGACAUUAAAGUUAUCAAGGACUAUGAGGACAAACUUUGUGGACUGUGUGGUGACUACAAUGGAGACCCCAAGGAUGACUUCCGUACCCCCACUGGUGAACUGGUCCAAAGGCCCAAUGACUUCGGCAACAGUUGGAACACAGACCCUGACUGUGAUAAAACAGUGGUAGACCCGAGCCCAGGGUGUACAGAUUCUGAGCAGGACUUGUAUGAAGGGCCUGCUUACUGUGGUAUCAUACUGGACCGCAAUGGUCCAUUUGCUGCUUGCCAUCCAAAAGUCAAUCCCAAUGGUUUCUUCCAAGACUGUUUGUUUGAUGUGUGUGAGCUGGAUGGUGCUCCGUCCGCAUUAUGUGAAGCAAUAGAGGCAUAUGUCCAUGAAUGUCAGGGCCGUGGUGUCACAAUUGGGCCCUGGAGAAACAGCACCUUCUGUCCUCUGAAAUGCACAGACAAUAGUCAUUUUGAGUCGUGCAUCCCAAUUUGCCAGCCUUCCUGUACCCCGACUCCACCAAAUCAGUGCAGUGGGCCUUGUUCUGAAGGGUGUCUUUGUGAUCCUGGAUAUGUCCUUAGUGGUGAUAAGUGUGUUAAAGAAAGUACAUGCGGCUGCAAUUAUAGUGGACAGUAUUACCAACCAGGUCAAGAGUUCUACACUAAGGACUGUGACCUACUGUGUAAGUGUAACCCCCCAUUAGUUAGCUGUAAUGCUGCUGAGUGCCCUCCGAAGGAACAAUGUGGAAUACAGGGUGGAGUAAUUGGGUGUUACCCAGAAGGCUCUCAAGACUGUAUUAUUUCUGGUGACCCUCAUUAUAACACCUUUGAUAGCAAAUUCUACAGCUUCAUGGGCACUUGCACCUACACUCUGGCACGCACCUGUAAAAACAACACUGGCCCCUGGUUCUCUGUGGAGGGUAAGAAUGAGGAGAGAGGAGUUUCUUCUGUAUCUUACCUCAGAAAACUGUAUGUGACAGUCAGUGGUGUUACAGUGACAAUGAUGAAAAGCAGGAGAACUUUGGUGAAUGGGCAAAGGGUGUCCCUUCCCCACAACCCAUCUCCACUCAUGUCUCUCCUUGCUGGGCAGUAUGUUAUCCUCACUACUCCAUUCGGCUAGGUGCAAUGGGAUGGCAAUCAUUAUGCCAAGAUCACUGUUCCCAGUUCCUACUAUGACCAAAUGUGUGGCCUGUGUGGGGACUACGAUGGAAACCCCAAUAAUGAUUUCACUAAGCCAGAUGGUUCCCAAGCCGAAACCUCAGAUCAGUUUGGCAACAGCUGGCAAACUGAUGAUGACGAGGACCGAAACGUAAGUCCUUCUCACUCGUGCAAGCCUGACACUGGGCCUGGCCCACCCUGUGAUCCUGAUCUGCAGGACAUGGUGUCUAAUCUAGAGAACUGUGGGAAAAUAACCGAUAUAAAUGGAGCAUUUAGGGACUGUAUAAAUGUGGUGGACCCAAAUCCUUUCUUCCAGAGCUGUGUGUUUGACAUGUGCCGUUAUCAGGGGCUGCAGCAGGCACUUUGUGACCAGCUUCAGGCUUAUACCGAUGUUUGCCUGAGUGCAGGUGCACCUGUCUAUCAGUGGAGGGAGCCAGACUUCUGCCCUCUGGCAUGCCCACCUAAUAGCCAUUACUCUAUAUGUGUGAGCUCCUGUCCGGAGACAUGUCUGGGUAUCAGUGGAUCACCGGGCUGCAGUGAGAAGUGUAUAGAAGGCUGUGAGUGUGACCCAGGCUUCAUCCUCAGCGACAACAAAUGUGUGCCUGUUAAAGACUGUGGCUGUGUGGACUCUUCAGGCUCCUACCAUCCGGUAAAUGAGAGCUGGUAUCUCGAGGGCUGUAUGCAGAAGUGUACAUGUGGGGGUGGAGGAAUUAUCAAGUGUGAUAACACCAACUGUUUGCCUACUGAGAGCUGCCAACUUCAGGAUGGAGACUAUGGCUGCAAACCACUUGUGAAAUGCCCUCCUGAUUCUGAGUACAUCGAUUGUGGCCCAGCCUGUAUUCCUAGCUGCAAAGAACCCUCCACCAACUGCACUGGAUCUUGCAUCAGUGGCUGCUUCUGUAAACCAGGAUUUGUUUUCCGUGGCAAACGCUGUGUUCCUAUUGAGCAGUGUGGCUGUCUAGAUGAUGACAACAAUUACUUUGAGCCUGGAGAGAUUAUACUUGGAAAUGGAUGCUCUAAAUUGUGCCACUGUGCUGGCAACUACACUUUUGAAUGUGUAGACAACACCUGUGACCCUGUGACAGAAGAAUGUCUGGAUGUUGGUGGAGUGUAUGGCUGCUACCCUAAAGGGACCUCCACCUGUGUUUCCUCUGGUGACCCCCAUUACACCACCUUUGAUAACCAGCGCUAUGACUUCAUGGGAAAUUGCUCUUACCUGAUGUCUGAGCCUUGUAACAGCACAGGUGUGCCUUACUUCGCUGUAUACACUGACAAUGAGAAUCGCUACAACAAUCCUCGUAUCAGUUAUUUAAAAGCAGUGCAUGUCCAUGCACUGGGAGUGAAAGUUUCCAUUCUGAAAGAAGGGAUUGUGCAGGUGAAUGGUACCAAUGUGAACCUUCCUUUUAGUUCUGUCAGUGGUGUUGACAUUUUUAAGUCUGGCGUGCACUACACAGUGGCCUUGAUCUUUGGAGUAACUGUACGUUAUGAUGGAAACCAUUUCAUGGACAUUAAAGUUAUCAAGGACUAUGAGGACAAACUUUGUGGACUGUGUGGUGACUACAAUGGAGACCCCAAGGAUGACUUCCGUACUCCCACUGGUGAACUGGUCCAAAGGCCCAAUGACUUCGGCAACAGUUGGAACACAGACCCUGACUGUGAUAAAACAGUGGUAGACCCGAGCCCAGGGUGUACAGAUUCUGAGCAGGACUUGUAUGAAGGGCCUGCUUACUGUGGUAUCAUACUGGACCGCAAUGGUCCAUUUGCUGCUUGCCAUCCAAAAGUCAAUCCCAAUGGUUUCUUCCAAGACUGUUUGUUUGAUGUGUGUGAGCUGGAUGGUGCUCCGUCCGCAUUAUGUGAAGCAAUAGAGGCAUAUGUCCAUGAAUGUCAGGGCCGUGGUGUCACAAUUGGGCCCUGGAGAAACAGCACCUUCUGUCCUCUGAAAUGCACAGACAAUAGUCAUUUUGAGUCGUGCAUCCCAAUUUGCCAGCCUUCCUGUACCCCGACUCCACCAAAUCAGUGCAGUGGGCCUUGUUCUGAAGGGUGUCUUUGUGAUCCUGGAUAUGUCCUUAGUGGUGAUAAGUGUGUUAAAGAAAGUACAUGCGGCUGCAAUUAUAGUGGACAGUAUUACCAACCAGGUCAAGAGUUCUACACUAAGGACUGUGACCUACUGUGUAAGUGUAACCCCCCAUUAGUUAGCUGUAAUGCUGCUGAGUGCCCUCCGAAGGAACAAUGUGGAAUACAGGGUGGAGUAAUUGGGUGUUACCCAGAAGGCUCUCAAGACUGUAUUAUUUCUGGUGACCCUCAUUAUAACACCUUUGAUAGCAAAUUCUACAGCUUCAUGGGCACUUGCACCUACACUCUGGCACGCACCUGUAAAAACAACACUGGCCCCUGGUUCUCUGUGGAGGGUAAGAAUGAGGAGAGAGGAGUUUCUUCUGUAUCUUACCUCAGAAAACUGUAUGUGACAGUCAGUGGUGUUACAGUGACAAUGAUGAAAAGCAGGAGAACUUUGGUGAAUGGGCAAAGGGUGUCCCUUCCCCACAACCCAUCUCCACUCAUGUCUCUCCUUGCUGGGCAGUAUGUUAUCCUCACUACUCCAUUCGGCUAGGUGCAAUGGGAUGGCAAUCAUUAUGCCAAGAUCACUGUUCCCAGUUCCUACUAUGACCAAAUGUGUGGCCUGUGUGGGGACUACGAUGGAAACCCCAAUAAUGAUUUCACUAAGCCAGAUGGUUCCCAAGCCGAAACCUCAGAUCAGUUUGGCAACAGCUGGCAAACUGAUGAUGACGAGGACGAAACGUGCAAGCCUGACACUGGGCCUGGCCCACCCUGUGAUCCUGAUCUGCAGGACAUGGUGUCUAAUCUAGAGAACUGUGGGAAAAUAACCGAUAUAAAUGGAGCAUUUAGGGACUGUAUAAAUGUGGUGGACCCAAAUCCUUUCUUCCAGAGCUGUGUGUUUGACAUGUGCCGUUAUCAGGGGCUGCAGCAGGCACUUUGUGACCAGCUUCAGGCUUAUACCGAUGUUUGCCUGAGUGCAGGUGCACCUGUCUAUCAGUGGAGGGAGCCAGACUUCUGCCCUCUGGCAUGCCCACCUAAUAGCCAUUACUCUAUAUGUGUGAGCUCCUGUCCGGAGACAUGUCUGGGUAUCAGUGGAUCACCGGGCUGCAGUGAGAAGUGUAUAGAAGGCUGUGAGUGUGACCCAGGCUUCAUCCUCAGCGACAACAAAUGUGUGCCUGUUAAAGACUGUGGCUGUGUGGACUCUUCAGGCUCCUACCAUCCGGUAAAUGAGAGCUGGUAUCUCGAGGGCUGUAUGCAGAAGUGUACAUGUGGGGGUGGAGGAAUUAUCAAGUGUGAUAACACCAACUGUUUGCCUACUGAGAGCUGCCAACUUCAGGAUGGAGACUAUGGCUGCAAACCACUUGAUACAGGCAUUUGUUCGGUCUCUGGUGACCCUCAUUACACCUCCUUUGAUAAGAAAGUACAUCACUUCAUGGGCGCCUGCUCCUACACUCUCACAAAGCCCUGUAAUGAGACUUCCGGGUUGCCGUACUUUACUGUGGAGACACAAAAUGAGCAUAGAGACAAUAAUAAGAAAGUGUCUUAUGUAAGAUCUGUCAUUAUCAAUGUCCAUGGCAUGAAGAUGAUUCUGGGCAAGGGCCGCAAAGUUCAGGUGAAUGAAGUUCAAGUCACUGUGCCUGUCACACUUCCAAAUGAUGUUAAGAUCUUCCUAAGUGGCAAAUUUGUGGUGCUUGAGACAGACUUCGGAUUGCUCGUCCGAUUUGAUGGAAAUCAUCAUGCUGAUGUCACUGUGCCUUCCUCCUACAGUGGCCUGUUAUGUGGACUGUGUGGAAACUAUAAUGGUAAUAUUAACGAUGACAACAUCAAGUCCGAUGGGGAACAAACAGACAGCACCAAUGAGCUUGGAGAGAGUUGGCAGGUGCCUGAUGACAGGGUUGAUUGUACUCAUGGAGGAGAAGACAUUGAAUGUGAUGAUAAGAUCCAAAGUGAAGCUCAGAAACCUACUAGCUGUGGCAUGAUUACCGACCCCAGUGGAAUCUUCAAGCCAUGCCAUGCCAUGGUGCCUCCUGGUCCUUACUUUGAGAACUGUGUGUUUGAUCAGUGUGGCACUGGUGGUGGCGCAGUGGCACUGUGCCAAGCUAUUGAAAGCUAUGCCGACCUGUGUGCUCAAGCUGGGGUGCCAAUUAACUGGAGGAAUAACACCUUCUGUCCUAUUAAAUGUCCGGUUGGUAGUCAUUAUGAGCCAUGUGGUACUGCGUGUCCUGCCAGUUGUCAGGACCCUGGAUCUGAAGGCACCUGUAAUAAACCAUGUGUUGAGGGAUGUGUGUGUGAUCCUGGUUUAGUGCUCAGUGGAGACAAGUGUGUUCCCUUCAACGAGUGUGGAUGCACUGACAAGGACAACAACUACAGGCCUGUUGGAGACAGCUGGUUUACCAAAGAGGACUGUACAGAGCGCUGCAUGUGUUCACCUUUCAAUACUGUGACAUGUGAGGCAUGGGAAUGUGGUCCUGCUCAGGAAUGUAAAGUCAAUGAGGGUCAACUGGGCUGUGUGAACACAGGAGUGGGCGUUUGCCACAUUGCGGGUGAUCCUCACUACUACACCUUUGAUGGCAUUAUGCACACUUACAUGGGCACCUGCACUUACACACUGGUGGCAAUAUGCAACAGCUCGAUGGUGACACCCUUCACCAUUGUGGCUAAGAACGAAGAACGUGGUCAACCUGAAGCUUCGUAUGUUCGUGCAGUGACCGUCUAUCUGCCCAAUGCCAACAUCACACUCAGCAAGAGUGGCAGAGUACUGCUGAAUGAACGCAGGAUAAAGACCCCCUAUGAUAUCACUGAAGCCAAGGCACAUGUAUUCAGCAGUGGAGUAAACAGCGUGCUGGACACUGACUUUGGCCUGAUCGUGAAGUUUGAUGGUGUGCACCAUAUUGAGAUCACUGUACCAGGAGACUAUUUCAACAAGGUGUGUGGUAUGUGCGGUAACUACAAUGGUGAUUCCUCUGAUGAUAACUUGAUGCCCAAUGGCAAACCAGCCAAAGAUGUCAAAGAGCUUGGUGAAAGCUGGAAGGCAGAGGGAGACAGUGAUCCUGGUUGCCAACCUGACUCACGACCUGAUGUCAAUCCCAACUGUGAAGAGGGUGAAGAAGAAGCCUACAGGGCACAGUGUGCAGAGACUAUCUUGUCCGAUAACUUCAAGAAAUGUCACUCUCAAAUUCCUCCAGAGGCCUUCCUGGGCAACUGCAUCUAUGAUAUGUGUGAAUAUAAUGGCAUGCAGUCAACUCUGUGUGACAACAUUGAGGCUUACGCCCAGGCCUGUCAGAGUGCUGGAAUCCCAGUCAGCUGGAGAAACAACACUUUCUGCCCUAUCCCAUGCCCGCCCAACAGUCACUUCUCUGAAUGCACAGUGCCAUGUCCUCCCACUUGUGCCGACCUCUUCCCCAUAUUCUGCCCAUUGCCACCUAACAGUUGUGUAGAAGGCUGCCAGUGUGAUGCGGGAUUCGUGUUUAGCGACGGCAACUGUGUUCCUCUCUCAAGCUGCGGAUGUGUUGACAGCAAUGGAGAGUAUCAUGAUGUGGGAGAUUCAUGGAUAACAGACCGCUGUGACCAGAGGUGCAGCUGCAGCCUUGGUGGAGUGCUGUCCUGCAUGACUUUCGAAUGUGACGACAGCUCAGUCUGUGCUCUUGACAAUAAUGGAGACCGUUACUGCAAACCUGAGAAAUUCGAUGACUGCAAUAUUGCUGGGGAUCCUCACUAUCGCACAUUUGACAAAUAUAAUCACCACUAUCAAGGAUUCCAUACCUAUGUGUUAACCCAAAGCAACAAUCUGCCCAGCUCCCUCACCCCUUUCACUGUCCGUGGCAAAAAUAAACGUCAAGGGAUUCUCAGCCGUGUGUCCCUCCUGGAAGAGGUCUAUGUGGAUGUGUAUGGCAUCAGUGUUCGAAUUCUACAGAACAAGAAAGUGCUGGUCAAUGGCGAGAGAAUUUCUCCACCAUACAGUCCCAUACAAGGACUUACCAUAAAAACAAAGUCUCGCUUUGUUAUGCUCUCAACCAACUUUGGCCUUUCAGUGCGCUUUGAUGGCAAUACCCAAGCAGUGGUGACUCUUCCCAGUAUAUACAAAUCGCGUGUACUUGGUCUGUGUGGUAAUUAUGAUGGACUCUCCAAUAAUGAGUACACAAAACCAGACGGCACAAUAACCCGCAACCUCAAUGAGUUUGGAGACAGCUGGAGAGUAAAUGACAAAGAUGGGGCGGGUGUUCGUGCCAAAUCCCUAUCAAAGAUGGUGCACCUGCACAAGCGUGAAGUGGAGGAAGCUCCAGAUUCGGGCUUUGAGACGACAGGAUGCACUGAUGCUCAGCUGGCUGAGCUGAACGGGAAUAAACAGUGUGGAGCUCUCAGUGACCCGGAAGGUCCUUUCGCUGCCUGCCAUGCUCAGAUUUCUCCAGACCUGUUCCAAGAGGACUGUGUGUUUGACCUGUGUGCGGAGCAGGGCAGUGAAUUGCUGCGCUGUGAAAGUUAUGCUGUCUAUGCUCGGGCUUGCCAAGAUGAGUUCGUCAAACUGGGGGAUUGGAGACAAGAGCUGAAUUGUGGUCUGAAAUGUGGGGCCAAUAGCAACUAUUCCAACUGUAUGUCACCAUGUCCAGCAUCCUGUGCAGACCUGGCAGCCCCCUCAGAGUGUGAGCAAACUGGAUGUGUAGAGGGAUGCCAGUGCAACUCUGGCUUUGUCUUGAGCGAAAACGACUGUGUGCCUUACAACCAGUGUGGAUGCAUUUACCUGGGUCGCUAUUAUAUGCUGAAUGAGACGUUUGUGACAGAUGAUUGCUUGCAGAGUUGUGAAAGUGCCAGCACUGGUGCUGUUUGCCAACCGAAGGGCUGUGGAGAAACAGAGAUUUGCACGGUGUUCAACACCAAACGUGACUGCUAUAAAAAGAGUCCGUGUUUGAGCUCACCCUGUCUGAAUGAAGGUUCCUGUGUGGAGACAUCAGAUGGUUCUGGGUACACCUGCACUUGUGCCGAAGACUUUGAGGGCAAAAACUGUGAGAUCCUUAAAAUCCCGUCCAAAGAAGGCCUAGAUCAAACUAGCAUUAUUUUGAUUGGAGUCCUUGUGCCCCUUGGCAUCAUCCUCAUAGUCACAGCAAUUGCAUGCAUUUGCAAGAAACACAGCCGCAAAAGGACUGGACAUGAUUCAAGAGAAGUUGAGCUAAAAAAAACAGAGCUGCCCUAUGAAAAUCUGCAAGAUGAUAGGAAGCAAGAGGCAGACAACAGUGUGCUAAAUGCUACAACAUUCUGAAGAGAAAACGUUUUUUGAUCUGCUAAUAUGUAUUUCUUUUUAUAUUUAUUGACUUUUGAAUGUGUCUUUGUCAGAUACUGC